UCCCCAAACUGCGCGCCCCGGGCCCCGUGCGCCGCCUCUCGCUGAAGAUGAAGAAACUCCCGGAGCUGCGGCGGAAGCUGAGCCUGAGGAGGGGUCCCCACGGCCCGGGGGGUCCCCCGGAGCUCCCCGAACCCCGCAACGUCCUCGGCCGCUACCACCUGGACAGCAGCGUGGCCUGGCCGCUGACCACGGCCGUGUCCGGCCGCUCCGGCCACCGCAGCGACGGCGACUCCCCGGAGCUCCGCGCCCGACCCCGGCGGGCACCCGGGGGUCCCCAUUUGGAUUUGGGGGCGUUCCGCCCUUACGGGGACCCCCCCCCGAAGUGUCCGGCAGAGCUGUCCGGCCUGCUCGGCGUCCGGCUGCGGGGGCUGCGGCCGGCGUGGCCGGAGAGGGUUUGCUGCGUGCUGCAGGUGGACGGAGAGAGCCGCGCUCGGACAUCGCUGCUGGCCGGAGCGGCCGCGUUCCUGCGGCUGGAGCACCGCUUCAGGCUGGACGUGGAGCGGGCGCGCAGCCUGCGGCUGGCCGUGCUGGCCCGGGGGCCGAGCGGGGGCCCGGCCCGGCUGCUGGGGCACGGCA